AUGACGGACGAAAACACGUCCUCGUUACCGGCCAUUUUUUCCUCGACAAACGAGAAAGAGCAGCAAGUUCUCGAGUGCUUGAAAAAUGUCAUCGACCCAGAUUUUGGCGAGAACAUCGUCAACUGCGGUUUCGUGAAAGUGUUGAAAGUCUCCGAGAGCGGGAAAGACGUCGCGUUGGUUCUGGAGCUGACCACGCCCGCGUGUCCGGUGAAGGAUGAGUUUAACAGGCUCUCGAAAGAGUUUGUGAAGCGGUUAGAGUGGGUGGAUGAUGUGGACGUGAUCAUGACGGCGUCGCCGAAAUCCGCCAUGGCGGACGUGCCGGAAGCGCCGCCUGGCUUGAGAGGGGUGAAGAACAUCAUAGCUAUUUCCAGUUGUAAAGGUGGGGUAGGGAAAUCGACGACGUGCGUGAAUUUAGCGAUGACUUUAGCGCAGAUGGGUGCAAAGGUCGGGAUAUUUGAUGCGGACGUGUACGGACCGAGUUUACCGACGAUGAUUACGCCCGCGUUUGACAAGUUGGAGAUGAAAGAGGACGGAACGAUUACGCCGGUUGAAUACGAAGGCGUAAAGGUGGUGUCGUUUGGGUACGCCGGGCAAGGGUCGGCGAUUAUGCGAGGGCCAAUGGUUUCCGGUUUGGUGAAUCAGUUAUUAACCACCAGCGAGUGGGGCGAGUUGGAUUAUCUUUUGCUGGACAUGCCUCCCGGGACCGGUGAUAUUCAUUUGACGUUAGGCCAAGUGGUUCCAAUAACCGCGGCGGUUGUUGUGACCACACCGCAAAGGUUGGCAUUUAUCGAUGUCGAUAAAGGCGUGAGAAUGUUUGCGAAAUUGGAAGUUCCGUGCGUGGCGGUUGUUGAAAACAUGUCCACCUUUACCGGCGACGACGGUAAAGUCUACAGACCGUUCGGUCGAGGGAGCGGCAAAUCUAUCUGCGAAGCGUACGACAUUCCGCAUUUAAUAGAAAUGCCGAUCGAACCUGGACUGUCCUCGGGCGGUGACUCUGGUACCCCUCUUUCCCUCUCCGACCCGACCGGUCCAAUCGCCGCGCUUUACCAAGACAUCGGCGCGUGCGUCGUUCGCGAAGUCGCCAAAAUCAACUCCGGUCGAGGACCAACCGCGGCAUUAGACCCAGACCGAAGAGGAUGCCUCAAAGUUCAAAUUUCCGACGUCAACGACGGGCUUCCAUUCUACGUUUCUGGAUCGUCGGUCCGAAAAUCCGACCAAUCCGCUCGCGCGAAAAACUCCGACGAGUCCCCGGAUAUUUUGCUCACCGGCGAGCGAGUCCCGGACGAUUUAGAACCCGUCUCCGUCGCGACGGUUGGAAACUACGCGGUCAGCGUAACCUGGCCCGAUGGAUUCAGCCAAGUCGCUCCGUUUCGAGUGUUGAGAACGUUACCUAGACUUUAA